UUACGACUGUCAUGGCAGAACGAACAUUUGUUGUCUCAUCGCGAAGGUGUUUUUGUUUCCAAAUUAGCUUUUCGAGUGUUUUCUGAGUAAAAAUCCCAGUUAAGAUGUCUCGUGGAAGUUCAGCAGGAUACGAUAGGCAUAUUACAAUAUUUUCCCCUGAGGGAAGACUCUAUCAAGUCGAAUAUGCAUUUAAGGCAAUUAACCAGGAGGGAUUGACUUCUGUGGCUCUCAAGGGGAAGGAUGUGGCCGUGGUGGCCACGGAAAAGAAGAUCCCGGACAAGUUAAUUGAUCCCAAAACAAUCACUCACCUCUACCGGAUCACGAAGAGAAUUGGAUGCGUGAUGACUGGAAGAAUUGCGGACAGUAAGUCUCAAGUGCAGAGGGCUCGAUAUGAAGCAGCCAAUUGGCUCUACAAAUAUCAGUACGAAAUUCCGGUUGAUGUACUCUGUCGCCGGAUUGCUGAUAUUAAUCAAGUCUACACUCAGAAUGCAGAAAUGCGUCCACUCGGCUGUAGCAUGAUUUUGAUUUCUUACGAUGAUCAGCAGGGUCCAUGUGUGUACAAGACCGAUCCGGCAGGAUACUACUGUGGCUACCGAGCUGUGUCUGUUGGAGUCAAGCAGACAGAAGCCAAUAGCUUCCUGGAGAAGAAACUAAAGAAGAAAACGGACUUUGGUGUCGAUGAAGCCAUUCAGCUGGCCAUUACAUGCCUCUCCACAGUUCUCACAGCCGACUUCAAACCAUCAGGAAUCGAAGUUGGAGUGGUAACCAAGGAUCAUCCUGACUUCAAGAUUCUCACUGAAGAUGAAAUUGAUGUUCACUUGACAGCAAUUUCUGAGAAAGAUUAAGAAACUACUUUUUCAGUGCGUUUUUAUUACGGUAUAAUAAAAUUUAUUUGCCUGCUACGGUA